CCUCCCUUUACAGCCUCGCUCUCCACCGGGAUUUAUGGAGGUGCUGAGAAGCAGCUUUGAGCUCUGCAGCCCCCGGACGCCUCGCCUCACCCGGCAUCCCGACCUUCGGAUUUAACCAUUCAAGGCUCCUGUGCAUGGAUUGCCCGAGCCAGGCACCGCUGCCGGCCACCGCCGCCCCGUAGGCUCCCGGUCCCCCUUGCCACCCCUAAGUACUCCACAUACCCCGAUGGGGUAACGUGACGGGGCCACCACCGUGCCACCAUCAUCCCCAUAUGCAGAGGCCUUUCUAGAGCGCAGCACCGGAGGCGACAGCCGCUCGCCAUUGCACACACCAAGGACACCGACACUACAACAAAGGGAUUUUUUUUUUUCUUCGUAAUUAUUAUUAUUAUUAUUAUCAUUAAUAUUAUUAUUACUGUUUGGCUUUCACCCCGGGGGCUUGCGGUGUGUCGAGGAAGCCAGCACGCUCCCAGGAGCUGGGGUUAUUUGCACAACGGUUGUACAUUGAGUUCUCCAUUCUCUUCUGUUUGUUCAUUUUUUUAAGUGCAGAGAGGGGUGUUGGUUUUUCUUUUCCCCUCCGCACCACUCUUUUCUUGGAUUUUUCCAUCAUCAGCAUCACCUCUGCAUCAUCCUUCUCUUGUCCCACCAUGGCCCGGAUGAACCGCCCUGCACCAGUGGAGGUCUGCUACAAAAACAUGAGGUUCCUCAUCACCCACAAUCCCACGAACGCCACACUGAGCACCUUCUUGGAGGAUCUGAAGAAGUAUGGUGCCACCACAGUUGUGCGAGUGUGCGAAGUGACCUAUGACAAGACCCCUCUGGAGAAGGAUGGCAUCACUGUCAUGGAUUGGCCGUUUGAUGAUGGAGCACCUCCUCCCAGCAAGAUAGUGGAAGAUUGGCUCAACUUACUGAAGACAAAGUUCUGCGAAGACCCCGGCUGCUGCGUGGCCGUGCACUGUGUGGCCGGCUUGGGGCGCGCUCCCGUCCUCGUUGCCCUGGCUUUGAUUGAGAGUGGGAUGAAGUAUGAAGAUGCCAUCCAGUUCAUCCGACAAAAGCGCAGAGGAGCCAUCAAUAGCAAGCAGCUGACCUACUUGGAAAAAUACCGACCAAAGCAGAGACUCCGGUUUAAGGACCCUCAUAACCACAAGAACAAAUGCUGCAUCAUGUAACCUCAAUGACCUCUUGCCAAAAUUUGUGCACACAGACACCCGGGCACUCGCACACAUCUCCCCUGUCUCUUCCCAGCCCCGUGCACCCCCACGCACUGCCCCAUUCGUGGAUCCCACUGCUGGGGGCUGGAGAGGGGGGGGAACACGGAGCACCGCCAGCGUGUCCCGGCACCUGGAGCGCACUUGCCUUGCUGAAUCCCCAAGAAAGGAUGCUCAGUCUAGCUGCAGCCCCAGAGAGGGAAGGCAGUGCUACCCUUUGACUGUUGACGUUAGCAGGCAAGGAGUUCAUGUGCCGGUUCUUUUGUCGCCUUCCUUCUCUUCUUCCUCUUCCAUUUCCUUUCCUGUUGCACUGAGAUCAAGUCCGGCACAAGGAGAGUGUGCACAGGGGCACUUGUUUUGGGGGUGAUACAGGUAGGGCUGUGCCAGCCAUGGAGGGGUGGGGAGCAGGAAAGCUGGGGUACCCACAGAAAAAAUCCUUUCCCACCUUUUCCCCCCCAAAAAGGGCUGCAGCAGUGGGUAUGGACAUGAGGAUGGCUCAGUGACCUCGGGAGGAAAGAUGGUGAUGGCAAGGAGAGGAAAGGGGCUCAUAGCAUGGUGGUCGUGGGAACGGCUGAGCUAAGUGCCCCCUUUCUCCUGCCUCCUCUCCAUCACCAUCUUCCUAUGGGGUUUGCAGGGGGCUCACUGCCCCUCCAGGCCCUGCAGGUAUACUGCAAAGGCAUCAGAAAAUUUGGGAAAGAUGGCAGGGCUUUGAGGUACCCAGCUUUCAGGGGUGCAGGAUCAACGCUGGGUCCCGCCAAGUGCUGGAUGCUCUUAUUUAUGGCUUCCAAACUCAAUGCAUGGAGUGAUGGUUUCUCUCCCACCGUGUCCCCUCUGCUGAGCUUGCAGUGAUGCAGUGGGACUGAGCUCAUGCUCAACAUCUUUGCCAUUGCAUCCCCAAGCCACGGCGCAAACCCAAGUUCUGACUGUGAUGCCCAGUGAACACGAAGUGCAUUUUGGGGCAUGUCCACGUCCUCCACCACUAUGUUUGCUGGCCAUGGGGCUGGGAGCUUUCCUAGGGAAUUUUGGGUGUUCCUGGCAAGAGCACAUCACCAAAUUUUGCACCUGCCUUUCCUCCCUUUCUGUUGGCAUCUGCAAUGUACGUGAUACCUGGCACCCCAGAACCUCACCAGUAUGUGCCAUGGGGUGGAUACAGAGCAGCCCCUGAGCCAGGACGGGAAACAUCUCUCAACUUUCUGCCUUUGAAUGCUUGGAGCAGUGGGCACGUAGGGGGCACAGGUGUGUUUUUCUUUUGAUGAGGGUAAGAAGAAAUUUGCUAAUUAAAGGAAAAAAGAAAAAAACCUGUUUGUCUUCCGCA